AUGUCAAACCUAACAAAACUUGAGUUUGCUGCCCUUGAAAUAUCAGGCAAGAAUUAUCUAUCAUGGAUCCUUGAUGUUGAGAUCCAUUUAGAGGCAAUAGCUCUUGCAAAGACCAUUAAAGAUGACAAUGAAGAAUCCCCACAAAAUCGGGCAAAGGCAAUGAUUUUCAUUCGCCAUCAUCUCCAUGAGGAAUUAAAAACUGAGUUCCUCAUAGAAAAAGAUCCCCUAUCCCUGUGGAAAAAAUUGAAGAAGAGAUAUGAGAACCGCAAAAGUGUAAUCCUCUCAAAAGCUCGUUAUGGCUGGAUGCAUCUAAGGUUGCAAGAUUUCAAAAGUGUAAGUGAGUAUAAUUUAGCACUAUUUAAAAUUACUUCGCAAUUGAAAUUAUGUGGUGAAAAGGUCACUGAGGAAGACAUGUUAGAAAAAACAUUUACUACAUUUCAUGCCUCAAAUAAGCUCCUGCAGCAGCAAUAUCGAGAGUGUAAGUUCGAAAAAUAUUCAGAACUUAUAUCAUGUCUUCUAGUGGUUGAACAAAAUAAUGAGCUUUUAUUGAGAAAUCACCAAUCUCGCCCAACCAGCUCCACACCAUUCCCUGAAGUGAAUGGAAUAUAA